UCCAUCUCCAAGUCCAAGUUGUCUGGUUUCUCUGAUUGUAUCUCCUCGAUUCGAAACCCUAACUCCGUCUCUCUCUCCGCCGCUGUCGGCGCUUCUCUCUCUCCGCCGACAAACUUCUCCGUUGAGAUUUCUGCUGCUCCGUAUCCUAUCGAAUAAUCAAAAGUCCAAUUCCAUUGAGAUUGAUCGUGCGUUGUGAUUCUGCUUUGCAUUUUGCUGCUGCUGAGAGAAGAUGGAGGAUGGGCAAGCUCUCGAGCUCGAAAAUAAAAGGAAUUUUGAGAGGUUGGAGAAGAAGAUGAAGACUCAUAAAGACCUCAAGAAGAAAAAGAAAAAGAAAGCUAAGGAUCUCUGUGAAAUACAAAUAGGGGAUGGUAUUAGUGGAGGAAACUCUGUUGAGGAAGAAGGCACGGAACCAUGUGAUAGCAGGGCUACUGCAGAAGGAGAUGGAGGAGGUGCUGGAAUUGAAAAUCUGGUAUCUGAAACUCAGAAAGCUGAAAGAAAUAAAAAGAAGAAGAAGGAGAGAUUGCUGAGGGAAGCUGCCAAGGCUGAUAACCGAGGAGUUUGCUAUUUAAGUCGCAUCCCGCCGCACAUGGAUCACGUAAGACUGCGCCACCUUCUCUCUCAAUAUGGAGAAAUCGGAAGGAUUUAUCUUGCUCCUGAAGAUCCUGAAGCGCAAUUGCAUCGUAAGCGAGCUGGCGGGUUUCGUGGGCAAUUGUUUUCAGAAGGAUGGGUGGAGUUCACUAAGAAGAGUGUAGGUAAGAAGGUCGCUGAUAUGUUAAAUGGAGAACAAAUUGGAGGGAGAAAGAGGUCAUCCGUAUUCUAUGAUAUCUGGAAUAUCAAAUACUUGAGCAAAUUCAAAUGGGAUGAUCUUACUGAAGAAAUUGCAUACAAAAGUGCAAUAAGGGAGCAGAAAUUAAAUAUGGUUCUUUCUGCUGCAAAGAGAGAGAGGGACUUCUAUCUAUCUAAAGUGGAGAAGUCCCGUGCCAUGAAUGCAAUAGAAGAACGAAUGAAGAAGAAGCAAAAGAUUCAUGCAGAAUCAGGCGAGAAUGCUGAGACAGCACCGGUUAUUCAGCCUAAGACAAUUCGCAAUUUCAGACAGAAGAAACCGGUGAAAGACGAGACACAUCAGAUUAAGCCUAAACUCUCCUCAGACGUCUUAGCAGGGAUAUUCAGCGGUUCAUAGUGAUGAUGCAUAUGAGAAGGAACUGGAGCUAUAAUUGGUAGAAACGUUUAUUGUUGUUCUGAUUCCUGAAAAAGAGUUGGAGCAAUGUCCACAAGUUUUGCAAUGUGUAACAUUUAUAAACACUCCGCUCUGGACGAGACGGAAACCCGAUCCGAUGGUUCAAGUUCAGGUUUUAAAAUUAGAGGGACGAAUACCCCGGGUGUCCGUUUCAAAUGAAAAAGAUUUAGCUUUGCGAUUA